GUGCGGUGCGGCCAGCCGAGCCCGGCCCGCCGGCCCCCGAUCCCGCGCGUCCCGGGGGUCCGUCGGGUGCUGGAGGCGCCUCCCGCAGGGAGUCCCCGGGUGGCCGCGCUCCCGCGUCGUCCGCUGCUGUUGGGGGACCGGGACGUGCGGGCCGCAAGGCCGAGCCGGGGCGCCCUCCAGCGGACUGCGCGGGCCCCAUGGCUGGGCCGAGCGGAGCGGAACCGACGAGGUGAAGCCCCCGGGCCGGCAGCCGGAGCGCGUGGCGGGGGCGCCGGCUCCAUGGGCAGCGACGCACGGCGGCACGAUGAUGGACGUUAACAGCAGCGGCCGCCCGGACCUCUACGGGCACCUCCGCUCUUUUCUCCUGCCAGAGGUGGGACGCGGGCUGCCCGACCUGAGCCCCGACGGUGCCGGCCCGGUCGCGGGCUCCUGGGCGCCGCACCUGCUGCACGGGGUCCCUCAGGUGACGGCCAGCCCCGUGCCCACCUGGGACACACUCCCGGACAAUGCCUCCGGCUGCGGGGAGCAGAUCAACUACGGCAGAGCCGAGAAAGUUGUGAUCGGCUCCAUCCUGACGCUCAUCACGCUGCUGACGAUCGCCGGCAACUGCCUGGUGGUGAUCUCUGUGUGCUUCGUCAAGAAGCUCCGCCAGCCCUCCAACUACCUGAUCGUGUCCCUGGCGCUGGCCGACCUCUCGGUGGCCGUGGCGGUCAUGCCCUUCGUGAGCGUCACCGACCUUAUCGGGGGCAAGUGGAUCUUUGGCCACUUCUUCUGCAACGUCUUUAUCGCCAUGGACGUCAUGUGCUGCACGGCUUCGAUCAUGACCCUGUGCGUGAUCAGCAUCGACAGGUACCUUGGGAUCACGAGGCCGCUGACGUACCCCGUGAGACAGAACGGGAAGUGCAUGGCCAAGAUGAUCCUCUCUGUCUGGCUUCUGUCCGCCUCCAUCACUUUACCACCGCUCUUCGGCUGGGCUCAGAACGUAAAUGAUGACAAGGUGUGCUUGAUCAGCCAGGAUUUUGGCUACACGAUCUACUCCACCGCAGUGGCGUUUUACAUCCCCAUGUCCGUCAUGCUUUUCAUGUACUACCAGAUUUACAAGGCCGCCAGGAAGAGCGCCGCCAAACACAAGUUCCCCGGCUUCCCGCGUCCCGUGGAGCCCGACAGCGUCGUCUCCCUGAACGGCAUGGUGAAGCUCCAGAAGGAGGUGGAGGAGUGUGCAAACCUUUCGAGACUCCUCAAACAUGAACGGAAAAACAUCUCCAUCUUUAAGAGGGAACAGAAGGCGGCCACCACCUUGGGGAUCAUCGUCGGGGCCUUCACUGUGUGCUGGUUGCCGUUUUUCCUCCUCUCGACGGCCAGACCCUUCAUCUGUGGCACCGCGUGCAGUUGCAUCCCGCUGUGGGUGGAGAGGACAUUUCUGUGGCUGGGCUAUGCAAACUCUCUCAUUAACCCCUUUAUAUAUGCCUUCUUCAACCGGGACCUGAGGACCACCUACCGCAGCCUGCUCCAGUGCCAGUACCGGAAUAUUAACCGGAAGCUCUCGGCCGCAGGCAUGCACGAGGCCCUGAAGCUUGCCGAGAGGCCCGAGAGACCUGAGCUUGUGCUGGAAACCCAUCCGACAAGUCUUGACAGCCAAGUGAGAGGGGCACUUUCAAUGGGAUGGGAAGGCAGAGGCCCUGGACCCUCUAAGACCUGGCUCUCAUGCACAUGGAUAUAGUUCGCUAAGUUGAGUCCUGUGAUGGUACAGAGGUAGGAGAGUGUGUAUCUAGAGGGACUGUGGCUCUACACGAAGGAGAGAGAGACUUCCUCAGCUGUUGGCCAAAACUUCUCCAUGACUCAUGGCAGUUCUGUGAAUCUAGGGAGGAAGGAAGUCAGGGAGGUGGGGUUUCCCGGUCUCUGCACACAGGGUUUACUAUAGUGCCCCCUCCUAGGUUUGACGGGGAGAAUACUCGCACUGUAGUCAACAUUAUUAUCUUCAAGUAUGGCAAGUAGUAUUUUGCAAGGAUUAUUGAGAGUAGAGCCAUUUUGGGCUAAAGCUAUAUUAUAAAAGUGAAUUUCUAAAGGGUUAUCUGGAGCUGAUUUGCAAAUAUAUUAAGGCCCUCACAACUUAUAGAAGCUGUGAAAUGUAUGAAAAGAGCCAUAGCACUUUUUCUUUCCCCUUAGAUGCUCAUAACCCCUUAGAAACCACAAAUAAUUCAAAUGACUGAAUGCAGUAAAUAUUAAAUCCACCCACCACAAAAUGAAAACGCACAUUUACAGUUCUGCUAAAUCAUUUUCUUGCCUCCUUUCUCUCUCUCUCUCUCUCUUUCUCUUUAUAGACAAAACUCUGACUACUGUAGAAAAAAAAGUCAUGAUUCAUGAUCAAAAGCAGAAUAAUGGAGAUGCAAUAAACAAGGCAAGACAGAGGUGGAAACAGAACGAAAUCAUUUGCUGAGACUUCGGAACGGAAUGAGGCUUCUGUCCUUUCUUGGGAUGGCUAAAGUGUGACCAGCAAAGUAUACCUGCUGUUCAAAGUAUAUUAUGAGGGGGAUGGUGACCUCUCCUUUCUUUCCUGUGGAUCACUGCUAUUGUGCGCAGAUGAAAACAGCCCAAUCAGCUCGGCAGUGAGCACUCGCACAGAACUGAGUUCCAGAAAGGAAACAGUUUCUGGUGCUUUGCUUCUGUCCAAGUCCGUGCAAGUGAAGAAAGUUCCCAUGCACGCUUCCCAUGCUUCUGAGUCUAGGCGUUGUGGUGAAUAUUCAGGAAUCAUGUAUGAGACAGAUGUGUUUUUGUUUCUGUUUUUGAGACAGAUGUAUUUUGUUGUGGGACAGAAGGGUGUUUUCCCCAGCAAACUGCGGUAAGCAUAGUGAUGAAUACGUUGCAUGUCCACGUUAGAAAACAGAACCCCGUCAUCAGCUACCACAAAUGAUCUCCCAGAGCAGUGUCUGUUCCGCUUCUGUCAAACAGUUUGGCUUUUUUGCAGGGUCCCUGUGACGUCCCCACCAGUGUACUUUCUUUGUUAACUCGCUUCUCUCAUUAUGGUGUUAACUCAGGAACAUCUCAGGAUGGAGAGAAUAGUGAAACCUGGAUAAAGCUUUUUCUCACACUUGCUCUUCUUCUGGGGGAUCCUGAGAGGUGAGGGCGGUUCCUCCUGUGAGGAGUUUUCCCUGGAUGAAGAGCGGGGGCUACCUCACCACACCAUAUAUUAACAUGAUGGUUGGCACAGAACUUGUGACUGUUGUUUACACCUGGGUGCAGUGGGCCCACAGGCUCGUCCCUAACUGUGAGGAUUGGGGGAGGAAGUAUGGGAAUAAUGUGGUUUCCAUGGAAGACUGUGACGCUUCUGGAGAUGGAACAUCCACAUGUUAAUUCUCAUUGAGCAGCGUUUUAUUAAACUGUGUGCAUCGGAGGUCACCUGGGCCAGUGUUAGGAGCCCUCCAGAGUACCAUUCUGCUCCUUCUGGAGGAUUGGUUUUUGUGUUCUCUGUAUCUUAAAUCAAAUGUGCGCCUGGGCAAUUCUGUUCUUCUCCUCUCCCUCUCCCCAAAGUGGUAGACAUUCAGGGCAGGGCAGGAAACAGAAAAGAUCCCUUUGUAGAUAGUAUAUAUUUUUAAAAUGAUUCUGUGUAAUAUGUAUGAGCUAGGGAGACAGAAAGACAGUAGAUCAGAGAAGAGUACCUCUAAGGGGACAAAAUGAAUACCAACCUUCAUUUGACAAAAGAGAACUGAAAGAGAAUAUUAUUUUCCUAUAAUAUAUAUAGCUGUUCUCUCACAGGAUAAUGUGGAAUUCCAACGUGGAUGGUGGAUUUCUUCCAACUUUCACUGACAUUGCUUCUUACAACACACGGGGAAGGGUCUGCCUUUCUGAAAGGGGAGGUGGGCACUAUCCUUUCCAACAAAGCUUGUACAAAUUCCUGAACCGCAGAUUUGCUAAAGUAACUGUAAAUAAUUAUAUUCAUAAUUUAAAUGAUUAUUUCUGGUCAGAUAAAUGUUGUUAAAUUUGAAAAUGUUUUAUUACAUUACAUCAAAUAAAGUUUAU